AUGGAUUUUAAGCAAUCCGCUAGUUUUAUUGGUUGCUCCUCUGUGUUGAUGUACGGUGUUUGGAGGAAGUUGACUAAUACUGUUUCUAAAGUCUCUGCAAUAUCCAACGUAUUUGAAACCAGUGGAAAGAUUUCUAGGCAAAUGAGUAGUAACAACAGUACGAGCGUGAUUUCUGCUCUUGUGGGACAUAAAUAUCCUGCCAAAGAACAUUGUUUGAGGGUUAAAUCUCAUUUCAUUGACAAAAAGAAGAAUCUAGAUACCGGCUCUUCACCGUGUGCUAUUUUCGUUGCUGGAGGUGAGAUUGAGCCUAUCAAGUAUUGUGAUCAGACGAAGACCUUCAGACAAAACAGAUAUUUUUACUAUCUAUCUGGCUGUAACAUUCCGGGGUCUUCGGUUUUAUUUGAUCUGAAGAACGAGAAAUUAACCUUGUUCUUGCCAGAUGUUGACCAAGACGAUAUCAUGUGGAGCGGUCUCCCAAUUAGUGUUGAAGCUGCAGCUAAGAAAUUCGAUGUUGAUGAAGUCUUAUACGCAAGCGAUGUACCAAAUGUAUUCAAGUCUAAACUCUCGGAUUAUGUUAUCUAUACUACAGAUUUAGAUAAUGUCCAUGAUCCACAAGUUUCAUCGAAGCUCAUCUCUAACGAUGAGGAUCUCUUCUAUGCUCUUGAUGAGUCUAGAUUGAUUAAAGAUUGGUAUGAGAUUGAAUUGCUGAGGAAAGCUUGUCAAGUCACUGAUACUUGCCAUUUGGCUGUGAUGUCGGCUUUGCCUAUCGAGAAAACAGAAGGACACAUCCAUGCGGAGUUCACUUACCAUGCCCUACGUCAAGGUUCCAAGUUUCAAGGUUAUGACCCAAUUUGUUGUAGUGGACCUAGUUGUUCAACUUUACACUAUGUGGAUAAUGACGCUGAUAUGGCAGGCAAACACUCCGUGUUGAUCGAUGCGGGUGCUGAAUGGGAAUGUUACACCGCAGAUGUUACCAGAUGUUUCCCAAUUAGUGGUAAAUGGACCAAAGAACACCGUGAUAUCUAUGAUGCAGUAUUGGACAUGCAUCAGAAUGCCAUGUCACAAAUCAAAGAUGGUGCCUCCUGGGAGGAAAUUCAUCUCUCUGCUCAUAAAGUUCUCAUCAAGCACUUGUUGAAGCUGGGUAUCUUUAAAUCGGCUUUCUCAGCUGAUGAUAUCUAUGAUAGAAAGGCCACUGUGGCGUUUUUCCCCCAUGGCUUGGGGCAUUUGUUAGGGAUGGAUACCCAUGACGUUGGUGGAAGACCAAACUAUGAAGAUGCUAACCCAUAUUUGAAAUUUCUAAGAUUACGUCGUCCAUUGCAAGAAGGUAUGGUAGUCACUAAUGAACCUGGUUGUUAUUUCAAUCCAUUCCUAAUUGAAGAACUCUUGGAUAAAUUCCCUGAAAGAAAAGAAGUUGUCGAUCAUGAAGUAAUGGAUAAAUAUCUAUACAUCGGUGGUGUCAGAAUUGAAGAUGACGUGCUAGUUACGAAAGAUGGUUAUGAUUGCUUGAGCAAAGUAACUUCAGAUCCAGAUGAAAUCGAAAAGAUUGUCAGUGAUGGCAUAGCCAAGGGCCGUUCCCAUUUCCAUGUGCUUGCCUGA